AUGAAGACCUCCGCUACUCUGACCCUGCUUGUCCAAGGCGUCCUUGCCUUCUCCCCAGGGCACCGUGCGUGGCUCCGGCAAGGCUCUGGCGAUGCGCUGCAAGUGUCCACCAUUUCGGGCCAAGUCCACGGGAAAAUCGACCCAUCGCUACCCAACGUCCGUCAAUUUCUUGGCAUCCCCUAUGCGAAGCCGCCGACGGGAGACCGUCGAUGGGCUCCCCCCGAAUUGCUGGAUGACCCAGAUGCCCAGGUCAGCGCGGUCGAGCUUCCACCGAGUUGCAUGCAGUCUCUUUCCACCGCGAGUCCCUCGGUAUAUAACAGAGACGUCCUGGAAUUCAAUUUGCAGGGUCUCAAUCGCACGGGUGCGGUCAGCGAGGACUGUUUGACAGCCAGCGUGUGGGCGCCGACUAACGAUCAAUCUGGCCUCCCGGUCCUCAUUUACGUGUACGGCGGUGGUUUUCAGACUGGAGGCCAAGAUGUUCCGUACCAGAUUCCCGCGCAAUGGGUGAACCGAACUCCAGACCACAUCGUGGUGUCUUUCAAUUAUCGGCUGAACAUCUUCGGCUUCCCCAAUGCUGCAGGACUUGAAGAUCAGAAUCUGGCCCUCCUGGACCAGCGCGCCUUUGUGCAGUGGUGUGAGAAAAACAUCGCCGCCUUUGGAGGAGACCCUUCGCGGAUGGUGCUAUGGGGCCAGAGUGCUGGGUCGAUAUCGGUGGACAUGUACAACUUCGCGUACCCUGACGAUCCCAUCGUUGGAGGAUUCAUCAUGGACUCUGGCACAGCCGAGUCUGGGCUGACUUCAGCGGAUACCCCCCAUUCCAACUUCACCUUUGUGGCCGAAAAUGUUGGAUGUGGCGGCUUGAGAGAAGAUCCGGCGAAGGAACUAGACUGUAUGCGCGGUGUUGAUGCCUUCAAAAUUAAGGAUUUCAUCGCAUCGUACGCAGAAAGCGGUUCAUCUCCUAGCCUAGGCUUUAACGCUGUUCCGGACGAAAGGGUCGUCUUCUCGAAUUACACCCAGCGUGCCCUGCAAGACCAACAAGCACAGAUUCCAGCCAUCAUCGGCACAAAUACCGAAGACGGUGUCGCUUUCGCCCCAUACAACCCGAGCGGACCCAACGAGACCAUUGCCUUCCAAGCCGGCUUGGCCACCUUCUUCUGCCCAGCCACCCAAACCACUCGCCUCCGCCUGCAAACAGGCCGCACGACGUUCCGCUACCUCUACGCCGGCAAUUUCACCAACAUCUCGCCGCAGCCGUGGCUCGGCGCAUACCACUCAGCCGAGCUGCCGUUGCUCAUGGGCACGCACGGGAACUUCCGCGGUGCAAGCUCCGAGAUGGAGGAGUCGACGAGUCGCGCUUUUCAGGAUGCGUAUGUGGCUUUUGCGAGUGACCCAACCGGUGGGUUGUCGGGCCAGGGCUGGGAAGUUUAUGCGGCGCUGGGCGGUUCCGAUGUGAGGGAAUUCGGCGCUGGAGUUGCAGCCAAGGAUGUCAGUGUUGCUGACAUGGAGGCUUUGUGUGAUGGGGCUCAGCUCGCGGCUUGA